AAUUAGAUUAGAUUUGACCUUAUUGAACCAGACCCAAUUACCCGAAUUUCCCCCUUAAACAACAAGCCCAACAACAACAUUAGUCUAUUUUCCUCAGAAAAUGUUUUAAAAAAAUCCCUAUAAAGGCCACUUAAACAAAUCCAAAAAUAGCAAAAUUAACAAAGCUAACAAUCUGGAAGAGAGAGAAAACCACAACAUAAACAGCUUAUUUCAUGCUAUUCAUUCCUUUCUAGAGUGACUAAUUACAAAAAUAUUCACUCACAAAAAAAAAAAAAAAAAAAAACAUCUUGAAUUUUUUCACCACUUCUUCUUCUUCUUCUUCUUCUCUCCUCAAAUUCAGUCUCUCUUUUCCAACUCACUCGCUUGAAUCGUUUCGUCACUCACUGAGUCGACUCGUUACUUCAUUCGUUCAGUCGGUUGUUGCACUUCAAUCCAAUUUUCAAAUCUAACCAAUUGUUGUUAUUGUUGUCGUCAUUGUUUGUUGUUAUUGUUCUUCUAGAAGAAUCUUCAGUUUGUUAUGAGAAGAAGCUAGGGUAAACUUGAAUGUCUAUGAAGACAUUUAAAUCAUGGAGAUGGUUACCUAGAAAGAAGUCUGCCCUGUCUGAUGGGGGACCACAUGGAGCACAUGGAUUCAGGAUGGGACAACUAGCUUUCAUGGCAUUUGUAUGUAUAGCGAUGAUGUUCAUUGUGUACAGAACUACAAGUUACCAGUAUCACCAGACAGAGAUUGAUGCUGAAAGGCAUCCAUUUGGUAACACAGAGAAUUUAAGGACAUUAGAGUUGGAUAAUUUGCCUAAAGGCAUUGUUCAAGCAAGAUCAGAUCUGGAGUUGAAGCCUUUGUGGUCUCAUUCAAGGGAAAAGGUUGAUGAUUCCAGCUCUCAUAACUUGCUAGCAAUUGCUGCUGGUAUUAAACAAAAGCAUAAUGUUGACUCUAUAGUUCAGAAGUUUCUUGCAGAAAAUUUUACAAUUAUGCUAUUUCAUUACGAUGGCAACAUGAACAGCUGGUGGGAUUUAGAUUGGAGUAACAAGGCUAUUCACGUGGCUGCACAGAAUCAAACAAAGUGGUGGUUUGCCAAACGCUUUCUACAUCCAGACAUUGUUUCUAUCUAUGACUACAUAUUUCUCUGGGAUGAAGACCUAGGAGUGCGACACUUUCAUCCUGGAAGGUACUUGAAUAUUGUGAAAGCUGAGAGGUUCGAGAUAUCUCAGCCAGCUUUGGACCCCAACUCGACUGAAAUACAUCAUCGUAUUACGAUUCGUAAAAAAACAAAGAGGUUCCAUAGGAGAAUUUAUGAUUAUAGGGGUUUUACAAAAUGUACAAGUUCUAGCAUGGGGCCACCUUGCACUGGGUGGGUGGAAGGCAUGGCCCCUGUAUUUUCGAGGUCAGCUUGGCGUUGUACUUGGCAUCUUAUACAGAAUGAUCUUGUUCAUGGCUGGGGAUUGGACAUGAAGCUUGGUUAUUGUGCACAGGGUGAUAGGACAAAGAGGGUGGGCAUAAUUGAUAGUGAAUAUGUUGUUCAUCAAGGCAUACAAACUCUCGGUGGUUCAUCGGCUAAAAAGGUUUCAAAGUCAUUAGACACCACAAAGCAGAAACACUUGGGCGUUGAUAGUCAUGUGGAGGUGAUAAAGCAGAAACAUUCAGGCGUUGAUUCUCGUGUGGAGAUUCGCAGGCAAUCAACUUCUGAGCUUAAAGUAUUUAAAGAACGAUGGGAGAGAGCUGUCAAGAAGGAUAGUAGUUGGGUGGAUCCAUAUUCAACAAAUAGCUGGUUUAAUUUGUUCUCUAGAACUAGAAAAACACGAGGGAAAAGAAGUUGGUAACGAGAUGUUUAUAUCGACUGUGAAUAACAAUUUUCAACAUAGUGCUAUAGAUGUUUCCGGGAAUUCACCUAGGAACUUAGAGGUUCAUGUGCUCUUAGAAUCGCUUAUUUUGUUAUAGCUUACAUAUUUCUUUCUUGUAAUGCUGGUGCUGUCUAUUUACAGGACCACAUCAAUUAAUUCAUUUUUUUACUUGCCUGUUUGUAUAUGAUAGACUGAACAUUCAUUUCACUCCUUACCUUGGUUCUUUUGAUAUAUGGAAAAUGGUUGCUAUAUUUUAAUGUA